AUGGGAAACAGCGAUGCUGCCUGUCUGACUUGUCGCCAGAAGUCGCGGCGAUGUGAUCGCGCGCGGCCGAUGUGCAAACGCUGCGUCAGUAAAGGCCUGCAAUGCGCUGGGUAUCCCGAAAAAUUUCGCUUUUGUGGGAUUGCCAGCCGCGGCAAAUGGAAGAACCACGAGGCUCCAGUUACCAAGGACUCGGCGUCCGGGGCGGCGGCCGAGUCGCCGACCCCCACGGGCAAGAAAACACAGGCACGGCGUGCGAAACCUACGAGAGGAAGGCCGAGGACCAGUGAUCGGGUUGAGAAACCCUCGCCUAUUUCGAACUCGCCCUUGAAUGUCGCGUCACAGGGCAACUCGCCGAAUGCUCAGUCGGAGAUUAAUCAGGUUCUCGCUUCAAAGGAGGCAGAGAAGCUCCUCACGCACUACGACCGUGUCAUAUGUCCUCAUCAAAUAGCACAGAGUGUUGACAGCGGAGAAAACCCGUACCGACUAUACGUUCUCCCGCUUGCCUAUGAACAAUUCAGUUUGCUCUAUGCCGUCCUCGCGCUAGCUGCCUGCCAUUUAGGGCAUUUGAGCUCUGACAAGCAUCUUAUAGAGUCAGUUUCGGUGGAAUACCGAGCCAAGGCAAUCAACGCUCUUGCGAUCGUCAUCCAAAAAGUGUGCUCGGGAACCUUUUCCGGCAGCGAUCGCGACGCCGUAUUCGCAACCAUCCAGAUUCUUCUUUUGCACGAUAUCUGCGAAACAGGUGUCUCAACACACGGCGCCCACAUCUCAGGGGCGAUGUCAAUCUGCUCUCAGCUCAAAAUUGAACGACGCUUGACGGUCGACCAUGAAAGGACAGUUUUCUUCCUGGGAAACCUCGUCUGGCUGGAUAUCAUUCGUGCAUUUUCCCUUCCCGAGCGACUCUGUUUCACUCAAGAACUCCGCUCAAAGCUCCUAUCCCUCUGCAACCUCCGGUUCGAAGCGGUCAACGGCUGUCCCCGAGAAAUCGUGCUGGUGAUCGGCGAAAUCCUUGAGCUCGCCAAAGCUCGUGCCGGGGCCAGAGUAGGAGAAAAUGAAUUCCACAACACAACCAGUGACGCGAUUCGGAAGCUUUAUCUCUGGGAUAGCUCGCGCUGCUUUUUCCCCGAUGACAAUACCCUCUGGGUCUCGGUCGCCAAUGCCUUUCGCUUUGCCUGUAUUCUGCGUGCGUGGCGCUUACUCGAUCCUUUGCAGCCUGCAUCUGAUCCCCGAAUCAAGGAGUGUGUUUUUGAAAUCCUGGACUCGGUGGCGAAUAUUCCCAAGACGAGCCCGCUUAUCGAGCUUAUGGUGCUUCCUCUGUUCAUGGCUGGAGCUGAUAGUCUGUCGGCGCAUUCUCGUCAUUAUGUUCUGUUGAGACUCGACGAGAUCAAGGCACGAUCUGAAAUGGGAAAUACUGCUCCUCGGAUAUUAUUGGAGAAGGUAUGGCAUGCGCGUGCACAGCAGCCGAAGAAUGAUCUCACCAAUAUCCCGUGGAUGAUGUUUGCUUCCAACACGGAUUCGGUGCAUCAGGAUGACUAUUUGAUUAUUUGA